CCACAAAAGAUGCGUCUAACGUAUGAAUUGAGAUUGAGAAGGGGAGACACAGUUAAUAUUAUCUUUCUCUGCGUUUCCUUUACUUCCUCGCACACUCUUUUGUCUAGACUAAAUUCUGCUCCUGAAAACAACGAACCAUAAGAAAAUGAAGAAGAAAAAGAUGCAAAGGAGUUUUUGUUAUAAUUUGAAUUGACGAAAUUGGGAAGUAGAAAGAAAACCUUUAAGGCCUUCCUUGCUCGGAUCUUCUCGUCCAAUAAACUUGCAAAGCCUUGAGGGUGGCUCUAGGAGUAGACACUCUAAUAUUUGAGUUAGCAAUAGUCUACACCUAGAGCUCUUUUUAGAGAGAGAGUAGAGUAUAAUAGAGAGAGAAGUGCUCCAAGAAGAGUCCCGUACCUUUGAGGAGUGUGAGGGUAUUUAUAAAUCUCUUGAGAAUGCUGGAUAUGUGUUGCACUUCUGUUAGUCCUUUUGAAUCUAUUUGAAUAUAUAUGAGCUCCAUAAUAAUUCAUGCAUGUGCUUUUUUGUAUUUGGACCUCAUGGGCCUUUACUAUGUUUAUGGCUGCUCGAUCCAAGUGAUAGGGAGGACUUAUGCGGGCACAAAAUAAAAAUUAGUUUGUGAUAUUUGAAUUUGAGUUUAGGAGAAAAAAAAAAUACUCAAUUUAGGUGAUAGUUGAGCCAAUCAGACGGGGAAAGGUGUCUGCAAUUAGAAAUCAUAUAUGCAGUAGAUUGAUAGUAAGACUAUGAACGGUUUCUUUUUAUUCUUGUAGGUUCAGGGGUUGACAAUGGCAAGGUUAAUCCCAUAGAAGGAGAAUAAGGCAUACACGGGAUAUAAUGCUGAAACAUGGGGUCGCAACAAUAUAUAACAUUUUUCGACUAUUGUACAGGGAACAAGAAGUUUGUUGGCUACGCUGCUGGUGAAGUCUUCGGGUGGGCAUUAUCUUUACAGAGAAUGGAGGUAGGUGAAGGAGAAAUCUUUGAGAUUGUUUAAUUGACUAGAAAAGUUGAGCAAGUACCUAUAGUGAGUGAAAACAGGGGACCCAUUUUGGACUGACAUGCUUAGCAUCACAACCAUGGUUUCAGCUUUCUUGACUCCAAAUUCAUCUUUGGUUGAUGUGAGUGCAAAUGAGAUUUAUAUAUAGCAAUUUAGGAUUUGAAGGAAUAUUAUAUUGAAGGGAAUAAGCUGUGGCUGGAUGCCAGAUAAAGAAGGUACAGAUGUGAUAUUUCACUUGGAAUUCAGCCUAGUUGCUAGCUUGACGGACAAUGGAGAAGAACAAGGAAACUCCUCCAUUCCGUCCUCUUAUGGAAUGCAAGAGGUACUAUAAAAGCAAUUUUUUGGGAAAUUGUCCAGAUACUACACUAUAGAACAUUGCUUGAUAUGUUAAUUAUAUUCAAUACGAGGGUUUCAGAGCAGCGAGUUAUUCUAGUAAGGGAUAAUUGAGUGCAAUUUGAUGGGGAGUUUAUUGCACCAGUUUGUAACAAGACAAGGGGAAUCUUGUGUCAUGUGUUAGUGGGGAAAUAGAUGAAAUUGCAUAUAUCUUUGUAUUGGUGGCGCCAAGAAGGUAUGGGGGUGCUACAUUAUCCAACAAUACAUGAAGUGGUGGACAUACAUAACUUUUUUUGGCCAACCAAGGGUUCUUCCUAUUGUGCAAUGGAUCUAGAUAUCUUUAUUCAUGCUUGUUGGAUAAUGUAGCACCCCCAUACCUUCUUGGUGCCACCGAUACAGAGAUAUAUGCAAUUUCAUCUCUUUCCCCACUAACACAUGCCAGAUUCACUCUUCUACUAUAUCACAAACACAUAACUCCCCCUGUGUUGUUACAAACUGGUACAAUAAACUCCCCAUCAAAUUGCAUGAAGUGGUGGACGUACAUAACUUUUUUUGGCUAACCAAGGGUUCUUCCUAUUGUGCAAUGGGUCUAGAUAUCUUUCUUCUUGCUUCCACUCGAAUUGUGUUAUAAUUAUCUUAAUAGCUAAGGUAUUAUUUCAAAU